UCUCUCCUCCAGUGUCUCCGCACACGCAGCAGAGGCGGCAUGUCGUCCAUCAGCUCCGUGAUCCUGCAGGCCACCAGCUGCCUGUGCGGCGGUGGGGGGGCCAUGCCGCUGCGGCAGCUGCAGCAGGAGCUGCAGGAGCGCUGCCGGCUCUCCGAGGGAGACUUCAUCUACCUGAUCCAGGGCUGCCCGCAGCGCUUCCUGCUGGUCCCUGAGGGCCACUCCUACACGGUGGUGGGCCGCACCUCCCUGCGGCUCUGCACCCCCUACAGCCGCGGGGGUCGGUGUGACGGAAGCUGCCAGCAGCUGCACCUGUGCAGGUUCUACGUCUUUGGCAACUGCAGGUUCGGGAAGGGCAGGAAGCUGUGCAAACUGUCCCACGACGUUUGGUCGGAUCAUAAUUUCAGGUUGCUGAGAGAAUACACGUUGCACGAGCUGAAGGAGAACAAGCUGUUCCUGCUGCUGCUGCAGAACGACCCACAGCUGCUGCCUGAGGUGUGUGGCUACUACAACAAAGGCCCCGCCCCCCACGGCCGCUGCAGCUUCCAGGACUCCUGCGGGAAAGUUCACCUGUGUCAGCACUUCCUUCAGGGACACUGCAAGUUUGGACAGAAGUGCAAGCGACAGCACGCCAUCGACCAGCAUGCUCAGAGCAUCCUGGAGCAGAGAGGGCUGAGCAGGGAGAUCAUCGCAGAUCUGCCCACCAUCUACAGGAACGUCCACCACCUGAGCGCCGCCGCCGCCCCCGCGUCACCUGCUGCUGAGUCACCUGCUGCUGCGUCACCUGCUGCUGGGUCACCUGCUGCUGCGUCACCUGCUGCAGACAGUUCUGCUUGGUUCUGCAAAGCAGCCCAGACGGACGAGACGGAGGAGAUCUGCCUGCACUUCCUCAGGAACACCUGCCGGUUCCAAGAAAAGUGCCGCCGGGUUCACUUCCACCUUCCCUAUAAGUGGGAGGUCCAUGACGGCAGCUGCUGGUCCGAUCUGGAGAACAUGGAGGAGGUGGAGCGGGACUACUGCGACCCGGCAAAGACUCACAGCUCAGAUUAUCAGCGGGUGGACUUCGUGACCAUGACCUUGGAGUCCAUGCCCGUCCGCCGUCUCUGCACGGCGUCCUCGGUGGCGAAGCCCCCCCACUACAGCCUGACCACUCAGUGGCUGUGGUACUACAGGGGGGAGCGGGGGGACUGGGUGGAGUACGGACAGCCGGAUGAGAAGCAGCUAUCAACAUCGGUGACAUCCCAGACGCUGGAGGAGGCCUUUCUGUCUGGAACGUCUGAAGUGCCGAUGAUCAAAGGCCAGAAGGUUUACGUCAUCUCCUUCAAAGACAUGUACCAGAGGCAUGUUCCCAAACACAAAACAAAGAGGAGAGUCUGCCGUCGCCCUCGCUUCGUCUCCCAGGCUGAGGUGGCCAGGCUGGUGGCUCAUGGACACAAACGCUGCGGAUGAUUUCCUCAGCUCCGUUUUCUGCUUUCAGCUCGUCUGUAACUGUGGAUCUGAUGGAGCUGGAGCUCCGCGUGACAAUCACACCGCCAGACAGGAAGCUAACUUCCACAUUUUUAUUACUUAUAACCACAGAAACGCGCUCAGCGUUUACCUUUAGCCUCAGCAGGUAUCUUUAAGAAUGUGGUAUUUUAUUUUCAGACUAAGUUUGUUGUAAUCAGCAGUCUGCUCUGUUCCCCAGCAGCAGCUGGUGCCUCCGGUUAUUUCGUGUUCUGCUGGUCCUCCACCUCAGGCGGAGCUUUUCUCCAUCACUUAGAGACUCAGAUGUUCCUCAGAAAGCAUGAAGACAGGAUGUCCGGCUGGGUUUAGGUGUGGAACCACCUGAUGGGUUCUAGUGGGCAUCAACCUGCUUCACUGAAGCUGGAGAUCGCUGUUACUGAUGCUGUAAUGUCUGCGUCACGUUUCCUCGCCUCCUAAAGCACUUUGUGAAUCAAACUGCACUGUAUGCACUUCCUUCUCUCUUAUCGGCAGCAUUAUUUUGUCUUUUUUCAUGAGAACUCUGCUCUUCAUGCUCUGCCUUCUGUAACGUGUUUAAUGUGAACAUGGUGUCAAACAUCCACUGACUUACUGUAAAUUUCUCAGCUUACUCAGUAAAACGUUGGAUUUUC